AUGUGUAAAGUUGAAAAUAAAUGCAAGAUUCUAAAACCACGCAAACUUGACCUCGUUAAACGCCUUCUCAUUGAGUAUUUCCUGGCGACGCCGGCCAUCUUCGAAAUUCUACCGAUGGCUAUAGAUUACAGUACACCAUCGUCGCCGGGAUGUCAACCUCGAAACCUUCCGUGUUUAACCGCACACUUUGUUGGAAGAGACGCGGACGUAGAACAAAUCCUAGAGAAACUGCGGACCUUCCGUAUGGUUGUUCUUCUAUCUAUCCCAGGAAAGGGGAAGACUGAAGUGGGAGUCUGCGUAAGUCGCGUGUUAAAGCAAGAGUGUUACCAUUUUGUUACACAUAUUCGAGUAGAGAGUUAUCAUCAGAAACUCGAAGACGUCUGCAGAGAGAUUCUUGGUCGAUUAAGUAGUCGUCCUUGGUCGCCAACCGCUGAUUUUGUGUCUAUUACGAAGCGUAAACUAUCGGAGCGAAAUAUCCCAACUGUCAUAGUACUAGACAACACAGAGAAUAUACAGGGUGAGGAAUUUGACGAAUUUGCUGAAUGGCUGGUGAAAUCUGCCCCGAAUGUACAGUUUAUAAUUACGUAUUCCUAUCGAUUGUGUGGUGAUCAUCAAAAAGCAAUCGACAUUUGGAAAGAGAACACUUUGCCAGUUUACAAAGAGCAGCUUGGUAACCACCCCUGGACAGCUUCGAUUUUGUCCUACAUCGCUGACUCGUACAAGACCCUUGCAGUUGGAAGCUCUGAGCAAGGUUACAUCGACCAGGCCGAAAUGUACUUCAGAGAAGCUCUAGGGCUACGAAAGAAGCUGUUAGGAGAUCAUCAGGAUACAGCUCGAUCGCGCGUUCAGCUAAGCGAUGUUUUAGUCCUUCAAGGACAAUUCGAGAAGGCCCUGAAAAAGCUCAAUAAGGCCUUUGUAAUUCAAAACGAUAUUCUGGGUCCUGAACACAGGAUCACGAGGAACACUGUGGAGAAACAGAGAGUUCAGGAAAAAACGCAGUCCACUCGAUCGCUGAAUAUUUCGCUACCCGCCAGAAACUACCCGGAGUUUAACGCUUUCUUAAAUCAAAUUGCUGACGAAAUAACAAAAGAAGAGUUGGAGCAAAUGAAAUUUCUCUGUCUCCGACAAAACAACGAUAAUUACUUGCCACGAGGAGAGCUCCAAGCCAUCAAGAGCCAACGCGAGUUUUUGAGCUUCUUGCGCCAACACGAUAGAAUCUGCCCAGAAGACGUGUCCUAUUUGGUAUGGCUUCUGAGAAACGUCGAUUGCAUUAGGCUAGCCGAAUUGAUUGAGAAUCAAGUUGAUGGCUGUAGCGAGGAACAUUCCAAGGAACUUGCUAAACUUUGUGGUGGGAUACCACUCCUUCUUGUGACUUGCUCUGACUCGCUGAAUAAUGGUUUUAGUCCCGAGAGAUUAAUCCACUACCUUAGGAAUAAUCCCAUACAACUUAUCAAGACUAGUGCGAACCAUGUUUAUAAGACGCUGGAAGUGUUUUUCAGGAAUUUUUCCAAUGAGGUAAUACAGAAUCUUGUCCUUUUUUCUGUUUUCCCGUCGGAGUUCUCAGCUCACGACAUUCAGUUUCUUUUUAAAGAUCCUUUACACUGUGAAACAGUGAAGACCAGGAUGGUCAAGUAUGCUCUCCUUCAGAGGGACGCCGACGGAAAAAUGAGAAUGCAUCCUUUGGUCCAAGCCUACUUCCGAACAGAGAAAGAAUCUCUAGGCAUGGGUGAACCAUGGCGCGCCACUCAGUAUAAAUUUAAUCAUCAUUACCUUGAUCUGCUAAGAGACUUGAGUAGAGAGUUUAUCAGCAAAGAUUCAGCUUUGGUUGCCAUUCAGAAGUUUCGACAGCACAAAGCGAAUAUCAUGGAAGCGCUGAAGAAUUGUCUCGAAGACUCUAGCGAUUCAGAUGACAAAAAUUUUGUUCUAGACGUCGUUAACAGUACAGAAGUGCUGGAUUUUGUGGCAAAAGUUUUAACUCCCCCCAAAGAGUGCACAAUGCUGUACCAGAAAUGCUGUGAGAUUGCUAAAACAUCCGGCGAUAAGAAGAAACAUGCAGAGAGCUUGAAUUCACUCGGAUUCCGUCGUCUCUGUGACGACGAGCUGAUUCACACUCACCAAACCAUGUCAAUAGCUCUUCGAGGUCAUAGAAGAACUAACGAGGUAGAAGAUGAAAUGAAUCGAGUGGGAGAGGGUGUGAAAAAGGUCGAUUUGGGAGAGGCUCUUCUAGAAAAACUGAAGAUCCCGAAGAACGAGGGUAAUGGGUUGAAUAUUCCCCAG